AUGGUCAGAAAGGUGAAGGUGUCAGUGGAGAGGAAGAGCAGCCCGUCUCUGUCUGUCAACGCACCUGCUGCUCAUGCACACAACAUUCCUGCCAGUACCAGUGAAAGCUGUGAGGGUCUUCCAUCAUCCAGUACACCCUGCCUUCCACCUGCAUCCCCUUCCAGAAAGAAAGCCUUUCUGUCUGAACCUGAGAAAGCAGCACAGACCUCUGCCACCUCCUCCCAUACACACCACCCUCAGGAUGUAGAGGAGAAUAAGGGAUGGGUGGAUGACUGUGUCUAUGAAAAGGAGUGUUCAGUAGACAAGGAGGUGAUCCAUGGUGAGAUUACUUGUCAUCCUUUCUCAACCAGUCUGCCCAACCAGCUGGAGCUCAACUCUAACUGCCACUCGCCUUUCACCGUGGCAACCAGCAAGAAGCCCGACGUCCCCAAGAAACCACAGGGGCACAGCUCCCCGGCAGCAUUGGUACUGAAGAAGGAACUGUCAGAAGAGGGAAAAGGGGAGAAAGGAAAGACCUCAGAUAGUGAUGAUGAUGGACGUGUACUCGCUAAGGGCAGCCAAGAUGGCAGGGCUGUAAAUAUGAAAGCUAUGAGAGCGCUAGCUGCAACCCCAGGGGAGCGACCAGGAAGGAGCAUCCUUCAGAUGCUGGUAUCACCUAUCUCCAGUAAGAACAGCAUUGGUGAAACACUGAUGUUGUCCAAGCCGCCUCGCUCCACCCUGGGGAAACGGAGAACCAAGUCCUUCUCCUCUGCCGACUUCACCCGCUCCGACGGACAGAAACUUAAUUCCUUCCGGAGGCUCCUGGAGCUGAAGCUCUCUGUCAAGACGCUGCCCAAGCUGCUAGCCAAGGGAGGCCAGUCUUUAGACUGCACUGCAGCUGACGCAGAGGCUGAGCAGUGUGUGAAUGGUGGCGGCCAAGAUAUAAAUUUUCAAGAUCACCUGGGCAUGUCGGGGGCACGCAAGUUCUCCUGCCCCCAGCUUGGGGUGAUUGAGGUGGGGGUGGAGCAGAGCAUGGAUGAGUUCCGUUACCUCGGAGCGGCACAGGCUCCGGAGAUGGAGUAUGAGAAUGUGUGGUAUUGCGAGGAGAUACCAGAGUAUGUCAUCCUGCCUCUGGGACUGGGGAGUGGGGGAACGGUGGGUACACCUCCGGAUCAGUCGGACUGGCACAACCACCUGUAUUAUGAUAAUAUAUACGAGGAACAGGAGCUGUACCAUCCCCUGGAGAAACACACUGAACAUCAACAACAGAAGCAUAGUGAGAGGAGCUCUAUAGAUGAGGAUGUUGGCCAGAUGGAUGAUGGACAGUCUGAGGAAAAGGACAUCAUGGUUCACAGCUUGGACGAGGACGAUGACACUUCCUCCUCCAACAAAGGGGAACCUGAGCAGCAUGGGGAGAGGGAGGCUGACAGUGGUGCCAAGGAGAGCAAGGUAGUCCACAUUGCAAGGGAGAUCAUGAGCUCCGAGUAUGUAUUGUCAACGUCCUGAAGCUUCUCCAUAUUGUAAGCAUUCUGGCAUUUUGCCAUCUUUGUUCUACAUUUGAUACAAAAAACAUGUUGACAGACUUAUACUCUACAGAACUGUGGCUUGUGUUUUACUGUUCAUGAAAUAUGUAGUGAGAACUCCAGUAUGUACUGUAAGUGAGACUUCUCCAUUUAUGUUUUGAUUAUGCUAACCACUGGGGCACAGUCCACCAUGAGGGACAUACAUUGGGUUUCUGGACUGUACACUACUUUCCUCAUUCCUGCUAUGCCCUCAUUCCUAACAGGCAGUUAGGAAAGCCAAGGCUAGCUUUUUCAAGCAGAAAUUUGCUU